AUGAAUUUUAAACAUAUAUUCUCAAUAGUUUUAAAUUUAAUACUAAUAGACUUGGUACUUUCCAAAAAUAGAGAAAGAGAUCAUAAAUAUAAAGAACCAAAUCUAAGAGAUGCUGGUGUUGGUAUUGCUAUUGGAAUGGGUAGCUUUAUUGGAGUAAUGCUAAUUAUAUUUACAAUUAUCAUAGUCUAUGUCAAGUUAAAUAAAACAGAAAAAGAAACUAAGCAACUAGAGAAUCAAAAUCAAAAUCAAAUUCAAAAUGCAACAGAAACCCAAACACCAAUUGAAAUUAAUUGUUAA